GACGCGAGGGAGGUUUGGUUUAAUCCGCACACACUGUACGUGAGAUGAAAGUAAACUGAUGAGAGUCCUGUCUUGAAGCCUACCACCGGCAUUCAAACACCGAAUGGAAACGUGAAGAGUCUUUUGAAAUGUGUAAUUGGGGUUGCGAGUUUAGAAAACACGUAGGCUAAAUGUCCAUUGAUCAAAUGAGAGAACUGUUUCAGCGUGAUACAUGAGAAUCCAAAUUGUCGCAUCCUGAACGUUUUUUUCUCAGUAUAUGGACAUUGCGCGCAUCACCGCUGACUGUGCCAUUGUGGGACAUUUUCCAACCCCAAAGGAAGGACACUGAAUCCAGCAGAUCCUUUAUUCAUUCAACACACUAGACGCAUCAUGACUGAGACUUUCUACUGUUCAAGGAUAAUGUGAAGACCAUUGUUGCGGAUAUCAACUAGAGUGCAGCCUGACUGAGAACAGUCUUAUUCAUUCCUACCCUACAGCACUAGACAUUUAGUCUGGACUUGCCAUCUCUUAGAGGUUCUAUGGGGAUGGGGAUGUGUUUGGAUAUAGGAUGCAUUUACAGCGGAAGUACUAAGGGGCAGUCAUGGUCCCUGACGCGGUGGCUGUUGGUCUUGAUGCCCAUCUCCCUAGCAAUGGGCCAAGGCCAAUCCCAGUCCCUCAACACCUUCAAGUCAGAGAGAAGGGAAUGGACCCUGAACCACCUGAUUGUGCACAAGACCACUGGCGCUCUCUAUGUUGGUGCUGUGAACCGGAUUUACAAGCUAUCUGCCAACCUGACUCUCCUGGUCUCCCAUGACACAGGACCUGAGUAUGACAACAAGGCCUGCUACCCUCCUCUUAUAGUGCAGCCCUGCUCUGAGCCCCUGGCCUCCACUGACAACAUCAACAAACUGUUGCUCAUAGACUACUCCCACAACCGCCUGCUGGCCUGCGGCAGCCUCUACCAAGGCGUCUGUAAGCUAAUGCGACAGGACGACCUGUUUAUCCUGGUGGAGCCCACCCACAAGAAAGAGCACUACCUCUCCAGUGUCAACCAAACAGGCACCAUGUAUGGGGUCAUCGUGCCCUCUUCACAGGGCCAGGACGGCACCCUGUUCAUCGGCACGGCCGUGGGUGGGAAGCAGGACUACUUCCCUACCAUCUCCAGUCGUAAGCUGCCCCGUGACCCAGAGUCAUCUGCCAUGCUGGACUACGAGCUCCACACUGACUUUGUAUCCUCUCUCAUUAAGAUCCCCUCUGACACGCUAGCUCUGGUCCCGCGGUUUGACAUCUACUACAUCUACGGCUUUGCCAGCGGGAACUUUGUCUACUUCCUGACCGUGCAGCCAGAAACCCCAGAGAAUGGGAUGCCUGCUGGCAGUUCCCCAGGUGACCUGUUCUACACAAGCCGCAUCAUACGGCUCUGCAAAGGGGACAGGAAGUUCCACUCUUAUGUGUCACUGCCAGUGGGCUGUGUACACAAGGGAGAGGAGUAUCAACUCCUACAGGGUGCCCACCUGUCCAAGGCAGGGAAAGUACUGGCCAGGUCCCUCAACAUCAGUGCCCAGGAUGACGUCCUCUUUGCUGUGUUCACCAAGGGCCAGAAGCAGUACCACGAGCCCCUGGACAACUCAGCCCUGUGUAUCUUUACCAUACGAGACAUUAACGGCCGCAUCAAAGAGCGCCUGCAAUCCUGCUACCAGGGAGAGGGCAACCUGGAACUACAUUGGCUACUGGGAAAGGAUGUGCAGUGCACCAAGGCGCCUGUGCCUAUCGAUGAUCACUUCUGUGGGCUGGACAUCAACCAGCCCCUGGGGGGCUCCCAGCUGGUAUCUGGCCUGACUGUGUACACUGAGACCAGGGACAGGCUGACCUCGGUCAUCUCUUACGUCUAUAACGGCUACAGCGUGGCCUUCCUUGGCACCAGGAGUGGCAGACUGAAGAAGAUCCGAGUGGAUGGGCCUCCUGAGGGCGGGGGGCAGUAUGAGACCCUGACCGUGAUGACAGAUGGCAGUCCUAUCCUCCGAGACAUGGCCUUCACUCUGGACCGCAACUUUCUCUACGUCAUGUCUGACAGUCUGGUGACCAAGGUCCCAGUGGAGGCAUGUGAGCAAUACGGGACCUGCGGAGAGUGUCUGAGCUCUCAGGAUCCUCAUUGUGGCUGGUGUGUCUUGCAGAACAUGUGUGCCAGAAGAGACCGGUGUCAGAGAGCAGAGGAGCCUUUCCGGUUCGCCACUGAUAUCGAACGUUGUGUGAAUGUUAUCGCUCACCCUGACAGCAUCGCCGUGUCAGCACACAGUGUUCCCCUCCUAUUGGAGGUGAGCAACGUGCCUGACCUCUCAGCUGGGAUCAGCUGUGCCUUUGGAGAGCAGGCGGAGAUGGAGGGUCAUGUCAACGGCAACAGAGUCAUGUGUCUGUCCCCGUCUGGCAAGGAGAUCCCACACAUACCUGAAGGACAAGACUGGUUGAGUGUGGAGCUGCGUCUGAACUCUAAGGAGACAGGUCAAAUGCUGGGCAGUACAGAGGUCAAGUUCUAUAACUGCAGCAUGCAUCACACGUGUCUGUCCUGUGUGAACAGUACCUUCCGCUGCCACUGGUGUAAAUACCGCAACCUGUGUACUCACAACCCCUCCAGCUGCUCCUUUCAGGAGGGCCGGGUCAAUGCCUCAGAGGACUGCCCCCAGCUGCUGCACUCUGGAGAGAUCCUGAUCCCAGCAGGGGAGGUGAGACCCAUCACCUUGAGGGCCCGGAACCUUCCCCAACCCCAGUCUGGCCAGCGGGGUUACGAGUGUGUGCUCCACGUCCAGGGAAACAACCACCGCGUCACCGCCCUGCGCUUUAACAGCUCCAGUGUGCAGUGUCAGAACAGCUCGUACAUCUAUGAGGGUGUAAAGAUCAGUGACCUGGCGGUGGACCUUUCUAUCGUUUGGAACGGCAAUUUCAUCAUCGACAAUCCCGAGAAGAUUAAAGUGCACCUGUAUAAGUGUGGUGCCCAGCGGGACAGUUGUGGCAUGUGUCUGAGGGCCGAGAGGAAGUUCCAGUGUGGCUGGUGCAGUGGAGAAGGCCGUUGCACCAUGAAGCAGCACUGUUCACCCAUCAGCCCCUACGCCAGCCGCUGGCUCAACCUGUCCGGCAGGAAUGUCAAGUGUACCAACCCACGCAUCACCGAGGUGAGUCCAGUGACAGGGCCUCCAGAGGGGGGGACAUUGGUCACCAUACAGGGAAUGAACCUGGGCCUGUCCUUCUCAGAACUGUUGGGGAACGUGGAGGUGGCAGGGGUACAUUGCACUCCACAGGAAGAGGGCUACAUCACUGCAGAACAGAUUGUGUGUGAGAUGGACUCUACGUCUCAGGGAAGGGCACCUGGUCCAGUCCAGCUGUGUGUUGGUGAAUGUAGACCAGAACUACGAACUCAGUCCUCCCAGCUCUACUCCUUUGUGACCUCUAACCUGGUGGGACUGACCCCUGGCCGAGGGCCUGAGUCUGGCGGAACUAAGGUCACCAUCGUGGGGGAGAACCUGGGUGCUGGUAGCAGAGUGAAUGUUACCUUUGGAAACCAGACCUGUGAGCUGUACAGACGGACCAUGUCGGAGAUUGUGUGUUUCUCGGCACCCUCUGUGACUGGCGCUGGCCUGGUGCAGGUCAGCCUCAUUGUGGAUCUGGCCAAGGUGCCAGGAAACCUGAGCUUUGAGUACAUUGAGGAUCCCACAGUCCAGCGCAUCGAGCCAGAGUGGAGCAUCACUAGUGGACACACUACCCUGAUGGUGACGGGGACCAACCUAGAUGUGGUGCAGGAGCCGAGGGUCAGGGUCAAGUAUGCCGGUCACGAGUCUGUCAACGUGUGUAAGGUGCUCAACACCACCACGAUAAGCUGCUUUGCUCCCUCCCUGAAGGCAGAGUACACACCAGAGCAGGAGUCAGUGAAACACGUGGAGGAGUUUGGUUUUGUCUUCAACAACGUGCAGGCCCUGCUCACCUACAACAGCACCAGUUUCAUCUACUACCCCAACCCUUACCUAGAGCCCCUCAGCUUGUCUGGGGUGCUAGAGCAGAAACCUGGCUCCCCCAUCAUACUCAAGGGGCGUAACCUGGUGCCCUCUGCAUCUGGAGGGGCCAGGUUGAACUACACUGUGCUGAUCGGGGACACACCCUGUUCCCUCACCGUCUCUGACACACAGCUCCUCUGUGAGCCACCCAACCUCACAGGCCGGCACAAAGUCCUGGUCCAGGUGGGUGGUCUCCACAUCUCUCCUGGUGCAGUCCACAUCCGCUCAGACAGCCUGCUCACCCUCCCCGCCAUCUUCAGCAUCACGGCUGGAGGAGGCCUGCUGCUCAUCAUCGUCUUCAUCGUCCUAUUGGCCUACAGACGCAAGUCACACGAGAAUGACCUCACUCUCAAACGCCUGCAGAUGCAGAUGGACAACCUGGAGUCGCGAGUGGCUCUGGAGUGCAAGGAAGCUUUCGCUGAGCUGCAGACUGACAUCAACGAGCUGACCAGUGACCUGGACAGGGCUGGGAUCCCCCACCUGGACUACCGUACCUAUACCAUGAGGGUCCUCUUCCCUGGCUUUGAUGACCAUCCUGUACUCAGGGAGCUGGAGGUGUCUGGGAGCGGGCAGCAGGGUGUGGAGAAGGCUCUGAAGCAGUUUGCCCAACUGGUGAAUAACAAAGUGUUCCUGCUGACAUUUAUCCGUACUCUGGAACUCCAGCGCUCCUUCUCCAUGCGUGACCGCGGCUAUGUGGCCUCGCUAAUCAUGACCGCGCUGCAGGGCCGCCUGGAGUAUGCCACAGACGUGCUCAAACACCUCCUCUCUGACCUCAUCGAGCGCAACCUGGAGAGCAAGAACCACCCUAAACUACUGCUGCGCAGAACCGAGUCAGUUGCAGAGAAGAUGCUGACUAAUUGGUUUGCCUUCCUACUUCACAAAUUCCUUAAGGAGUGUGCAGGUGAGCCUCUCUUCAUGCUCUACUGUGCCAUCAAGCAGCAGAUGGAGAAGGGACCUAUCGACUGCAUUACCGGGGAGGCGCGCUACUCCCUCAGUGAAGACAAACUCAUCCGCCAGCAGAUUGACUACAAGACCCUGACUCUGAGCUGUGUGAACCCAGACAACGAGAACAGCCCUGAGUUCCCCGUUAAGGUGCUCAACUGUGACACCAUCACCCAGGUGAAGGAGAAGAUUCUGGAUGCUGUCUGUAGGAACAUGCACUUCUCCCAGAGGCCUCGGGCUGCGGACAUGGACCUGGAAUGGCGCCAGGGGAGGACGGCACGUGUGGUCCUGCAGGAUGAAGACAUCACCACUAAGAUUGAAGGAGACUGGAAGAGACUAAACACCCUCAUGCACUAUCAGGUGUCAGACCACUGUGUGGUGGCCCUGGUGCCCAAGCAGAUGUCCUCGUACAACCUGCCCUCCUCAGCCAGCUUCCCACGCAGCAUCAGUAGAUACGAUGUACCAUUCCGCUCCACCCCCACCAGUCCUGACAGCCCUCACUCCCGCGUGCCCAUGCUCACCCCGGACAUGGAGAGUGGGGUGAAGGUGUGGCACCUGGUCAAGAACCACGACCAUGGGGACCAGAAGGAGGGUGAGCGCGGCUCCAAGAUGGUGUCCGAGAUAUACCUGACCAGGCUACUGGCUACUAAGGGUACACUGCAGAAGUUUGUCGAUGACCUGUUUGAGACGUUGUUCAGCACUGUGUGCCGGGGCAGUGCUCUUCCACUCGCCAUCAAGUACAUGUUUGACUUCCUGGACGAGCAGGCUGACAAGCAUGGCAUCCAUGACAUGGACGUUCGCCACACAUGGAAAAGCAACUGCCUGCCUCUGCGCUUCUGGGUGAAUGUGAUCAAGAACCCGCAAUUUGUGUUUGACAUCCAUAAAAGCAGCAUCACAGACGCCUGUCUGUCUGUGGUGGCUCAGACCUUCAUGGACUCCUGCUCUACCUCAGAGCAUCGCCUGGGCAAGGACUCCCCCUCCACCAAGCUACUCUACGCCAAGGACAUCCCCAACUACAAGAGCUGGGUGGAGAGGUACUACGCGGACAUAAACCGCCUACCUGCCAUCAGUGACCAGGACAUGAAUGCCUACCUGGCCGAGCAGGCCCGUCUUCACUCCAAUGAGUUCAAUGUGCUGUGUGCCCUGCACGAGAUGUAUGCCUACGUCAGCAAGUACAGCCAAGAGAUCAUUGAGGCCCUGGAGCAGGAUGAUCAGGCCCAGAAGCAGAGGCUGGCCUACAAAGUAGAGCAGAUUAUCACAGCCAUGUCUGUGGAGAGCUGAGGCAGACGUGUGUACUCAGAGACACACAGACAGACAAGGCCCAGGACACAGGUCACAUGCUACCAGAAGAGCAAGCAGCCCCACCAGCAGCAGGUGAAGGAAACUGAACAACAUAAUAAUUCAGCCUGAGUGCUCAACAAUGGAAGAGCACAGAUAUACAAGCAAAUUCACCAAGCACUGCUGUCCUCUCUCUGUCUGCUGCAGUGGGGCCACAUGUGGAGGCGUAAGGGAUGAGCAGGCAACGAGAGACUACUAAACAGUACCACAAAAACUAAAUACAUGCAUAUCAUAGCCUUGGCCUUGCACUGACAUUCCCUUUUCAGCGGACAAGUCUAAUGCUGCGUCAUAAAGCCUUCAAGAAGCCUUAUGAAGGCUCCUUGGGGGUCAAUUCUAUUAUGGCUGUAACGGUUUUCUUGAGUCGAAGGAGAGGAGGACCAAAAUGCAGCGUGGCUAUUUAGAUUCAUGUUUAAUUAAAAUAAAAACACGAACAGUACAAAAACAAUAAACGCACCGCGAAAACCUAAACAGCCUAUACUGGUGCAAACAAACACCGAGACAGGAACAAUCACCCACAAACCCCAACACCAAACAGGCUACCUAAAUAUGGUUCCCAAUCAGAGACAAUGACUAACACCUGCCUCUGAUUGAGAACCAUAUCAGGCCAGACAUAGAAAUAGACAAACAAGACAUCCAACAUAGAAUGCCCACUCAGAUCACACCCUGACCAACCAAAACAUAGAAACAUACAAAGCAAACUAUGGUCAGGGUGUGACAAUGGCGUACUUUGGGCUGGAUUCAAUCAAAUCUGCCUUAGUAAUGUUUACACAGUAACUCUGCCUACUGCCUGUGCAAACAUGUGCCUAAAUCUGGGAACUGGAUGCAUUGUGAGGGGAGGUAAUCUGGUGCCCAAAACCUUCUAUGAGUCUAUUUGAAUUUAUUUAUGCUUUAAUUGAAUUAAUCCAUCAGAAUUCAGUACAUUUGUAAAGAGAAUAAAUCUGAAUAGAAAACCAUUCCAAAUAUACCCAUUAUUUAAAAUGAUCACUUCAGCCUGUUGACCCUUGCUCUUAGUCCUAAAAGUUUCUCAUGUUUCAUACUAUGUAAAAUACCCUGUAGCCAAAGUAGAAAUUAUAUAUAGAAAAGUUUAACAAGGUGGUCUUAAGUUAUUAAGGCACUCUGGGGAUGACAGAAAUUAGGGAAGUGGGUUUCUAGACCAUUUAUUUAACCAACUGUAUAUUAGCAGUGACCCAAAGAAGCCAAUGGAGCUUUGGGAAUCAUUCCUUAGAGCUGGAAGAUUAAUGACACUUCCUGUGGGUCAGAUCAGUUUCCUCCUGGUUUAUGAGACCCCUCAGCCAUCAGUCAAUGUUUACAUUGAACAUGAUACUUGAAUUUCAGUAGAUCAUUGUGUUAUACUUUCAGAGAAUCCUCAGGUUUCUACAUAGCAUACUUUCAAAGGUGGAAACUCAAGAUUCCUGUUGUAUCAAGUAGACUGUAGCUUUCUUUUAAAUAUGUCCCAUUAACGUUUUUAAAAGAUGAGGUCAAGAAGAGAGAAUAGCCUUUUAAAUGGUUUGAAUUUAACAUAUUCAAAUGACAAAUGAUUUUUGCUGUUACAUUCACUGAGUGUCACCUUAAAGAUUAGCAUAAUAAAACUGGACUCUCCAUAGGAUUGCUUUAAUUCAGGGUUUCUGUUUGAUAUGUUUAUCUGCACUGAAAUCAUUCAUUACCCUCUUGAUGAUUUCUCCAUUAUUCUCCAGUAAUUUUGACCAGUUACUUGUCCUGGGCCCGUUUUCCCAAAAGCAUUGUUCAUCGUUAGACCCUUCUUCAUAGGAACAUUAUUACAUCUCCAAGCUGUUUCCCAAAACCAUCGUUAUUAACGUAGCACUUGGAACCAAUCGUAAUCUAAUGCCUGUUUCAGACAACUUAUAGAACAGCUAAGUGCGUCCUUAGAUGCUUUUUCCCUCCUGCGUCCCAUUAUACACAGAGGAUAUCCACUAACAUUAGAAUCACAUGGUUUAUCAGUUUCUUUGGCCGCCAAUGACUUCAGAACAAAGCUGACUACAAAUCCAAAGUUGCCAAUGUCCUUGCAAUUGAUACAAACAUGCGACGUAUAAAAAUAUGCUUCAAAUGAAAACGGAGAUGCGCACAUUAAAAUAUAAACAGUAGGCCUGUUUCAUUCAUAUAGAAAUACAUUUAAUGUUUUUUUAAAUUUUAUUUCACCUUUAUUUAACCAAGUAGGCCAGUUGAGAACAAGUUCUCAUUUACAACUGCAACCUGGCCAAGAUAAGCAGUGCGAGACAAACAACAACACAGAGUUACACACGUACAGUCAAUAGCACAAUAGAAAAUUAUAUGUACAGUGUGUGCAAAUGAGGUAAGAUUAGGGAGGUAAGGCAAUAAAUAGGCCGUAGUGGUGAAGUAAUUACAAUUUAGCAAUUAAAUACUGGAAUUAUAGAUGUGCAGAAGAUGAAUGUGCAAGUAGAGAUACUGGGGUGCAAAGGAGCAAAAAUAAUUAAAUAAAAAAUAAUAUGGGGAUUAGCUAGUUGAUGUGCUAUUUACAGAUAGGCUAUGUACAGGUGCAGUGAUCUGUGAUGCUUAAAGUUAGUGAGGCAGAUAUGAGUUUCCAGCUUCAGUGAUUUUUGCAAUGUUUAAUCAAUUGAGUUCUAUUUUGCUAUUUGUAGACUGUCUGUAUUUGUCUCUAUAUAUUUAAUGAUGUGUAGCAUAAUGUACGCAAUGAUAUGCCAAAUCGGUGAUUUAGUGCAUUUUCAUAAAUGUAAUUUGGUAAGCGUUAUUAUAAUAUUUGCAGCCGUAGGUGGUAAUAUCUCUCUAGAAACUGAUCCGUCGUCAGUAUUGUUAAAUAAUUAUAAUGUUAAGGAAAGAUUUGCAUGGAGAAAGCUGAUCUGAGAGUCUAUCACUAUGGGAAACGCAUGUUACAUAUUUGGCAGUUGUAGGAAAGAUGUCUUAUUAAAACACUCUUAAGCCUAAAUUCCAUCGCUAUUGGGAAACCGGGCCCUGGUCAUUUUGGUCAACAUUGGAGGGCACUCCACAAAUAGAUAUUCGUAAAAGAGUUUUAAAAACGUAAAAGUUGAAUCAAAAUAAGAAAACCCAUGUCCUGUUUAAGUGUUAAAUGUUUCAUGUGUGAUGUUUUUAUGAUGAUAAUUUAUAAAUGUGUGGUGCAAUAAACUGUAAUACAUUUUACCAUUGAACCUUUUUUAAACAAUAAAUUAUUGUAUAAAUAUUGUACAUACAAAACAUUACUAUUUUGGAAGCAAACGAUUCACUUUGUACUGUUGCUAUACAUUAAAAUGUCAACUGAUGGAAA